UGGGUCCCGUAAGACUCUUCAGAGCCAGCCAGGCAAAGAAUUCGUCCUGAGCUCUCGUCUGCAGCCACCAUGGCGGUCGGUCAGACACAACUGGUGGGUAUCUUGCGCCGCAGUCAUUAUUUGUCACCUCCAAGCCGACAAACCCAAAGCCGUGAAAAUCCUCGAAGCACAGCAACUUGAUCAAUCCAGAGCUAUCCAUUAUCUAGGUAGCCGAAGCUGCUGCCCACAACUCGUUCAUAGAAGAGGCGAAUCAAAGACAGCGAUCGUCUGGCAGCACACAGUCGAGUCAAGCUUUUGAUACCGCGACUGAGGGAGAGCACCUGGCAAGAUCCAUAAAACGAAGACAAGAGACAAGAAAAAGUGAAUUGAACCAUGGGAGGCUAUCUUUCUGUUCAGUUGGGAACUGUGUGGGCCAAGCUAGCUGGCAAGAAGGACUAUCGUAUUCUGAUGCUGGGUCUGGAUGCGGCGGGCAAGACGACGUUGCUGUACAAACUCAAGCUAGGCGAAGUGCAAAACACAAUUCCCACAAUUGGUUUUAACGUGGAGCAAGUCGAGUAUUGUAACAUUUCAUUCACCGUGUGGGAUGUGGGUGGUCAAGACAAGUUGCGUAUGCUUUGGAGACACUACUACAAUGGGGUGGAGGGGCUCAUUUUUGUGGUAGAUUCCAACGACAUUCAACGUAUCGAUCUGGCCAAGGACGAAUUGACUCGAUUAUUGGCAGCGGAUGAACUCUUGAAUUGCACCCUGCUUGUCUUUGCCAACAAGCAGGAUCUGCCCAAGGCAUUGGAUGCCCAAACCUUGUCAGGAAGACUGGGGUUGUCAGCAUUGUCCAAUGUCUGGUAUAUCCAGCCUUGUUGCGCCUCGGAUGGUACCGGUUUGUACGAAGGAUUGGAUUGGUUGUCCAGUGCUCUGGCGAAACGAUAAAGCGACAACCAACACUGAAGCAGCUGACUAGCAUAAUAUGGAUGCCUUUGUUGUCGUUUUCGAGACAAAAACAACGGCAUCAUAAUUCAACCCUCCCCUCGCGCUAUGCGGUCCCAUCUCGAUCUUCGUCGUCGUUACAUUUUAUCCCCUUACACAUCUUUGAUUAUAAUAAACUGGUAAAAUUGUUGUUUGUUU